GAGGUGACGCUGACUUGGUUCGCUUUCCGUGAGCGCGACUGCAGACCCAUAUCCUCUGAGAGCGGCCUUUACCGGCCUGGCGCGUUCAGGCUCCAGCUUUCCGAAGAGACAGCGCUCCUUGUCGCGGCUUCCGCCUGCCAUUUCCAGGUCUGAGCGUCUGUGCAGGGUGACAGCAGCGGUCCGACAUGGCUAAAAGCACGGCCAUCGGCAUCGACCUGGGCACCACCUACUCCUGCGUGGGGGUGUUCCAGCACGGCAAGGUGGAGAUCAUCGCCAACGACCAGGGCAACCGCACCACCCCCAGCUACGUGGCCUUCACCGACACCGAGCGGCUGAUCGGGGAUGCGGCCAAGAACCAGGUGGCGCUGAACCCGCAGAACACGGUGUUUGACGCGAAGCGGCUGAUCGGCCGCAAGUUCGGCGACCCGGUGGUGCAGUCAGACAUGAAGCACUGGCCCUUCCAGGUGAUCAACGACGGAGACAAGCCCAAGGUGAAGGUGAGCUACAAGGGAGAGACCAAGGCGUUCUACCCCGAGGAGAUCUCGUCCAUGGUGCUGACCAAGAUGAAGGAGAUCGCCGAGGCGUACCUGGGCUACCCGGUGACAAACGCAGUGAUCACCGUGCCGGCCUACUUCAACGACUCUCAGCGCCAGGCCACCAAGGAUGCGGGGGUGAUUGCGGGGCUGAACGUGCUGAGAAUCAUCAACGAGCCCACAGCGGCCGCCAUCGCCUAUGGCCUGGACCGGACGGGCAAGGGGGAGCGCAACGUGCUCAUUUUUGACCUGGGUGGCGGUACGUUUGACGUGUCGAUCCUGACGAUCGACGAUGGCAUCUUCGAGGUGAAGGCCACGGCCGGGGACACCCACCUGGGUGGGGAGGACUUUGACAACAGGCUGGUGAGCCACUUCGUGGAAGAGUUCAAGAGGAAGCACAAGAAGGACAUCAGCCAGAACAAGCGAGCUGUGAGGCGGCUGCGUACCGCCUGUGAGAGGGCCAAGAGGACCCUGUCGUCCAGCACCCAGGCCAGCCUGGAGAUUGACUCCUUGUUUGAGGGCAUCGACUUCUACACGUCCAUCACCAGGGCGCGCUUCGAAGAGCUGUGCUCCGACCUGUUCCGCAGCACCCUGGAGCCUGUGGAGAAGGCUCUGCGUGACGCCAAGCUGGACAAGGCGCAGAUCCACGACCUGGUCCUCGUGGGGGGCUCCACACGCAUCCCCAAGGUGCAGAAGCUGCUGCAGGACUUCUUCAACGGGCGCGACCUCAACAAGAGCAUCAACCCCGACGAGGCGGUGGCCUACGGGGCGGCGGUGCAGGCAGCCAUCCUGAUGGGGGACAAAUCUGAAAACGUGCAGGACCUACUGCUGCUGGAUGUGGCUCCCCUCUCCCUGGGGUUGGAGACUGCCGGGGGCGUGAUGACUGCCCUAAUCAAGCGCAACUCCACCAUCCCCACCAAGCAGACGCAGAUCUUCACCACCUACUCCGACAACCAGCCUGGAGUGCUGAUCCAGGUGUACGAGGGCGAGAGGGCCAUGACGCGAGACAACAACCUGCUGGGUCGAUUCGAGCUGAGUGGCAUCCCUCCGGCCCCCCGGGGUGUGCCCCAGAUCGAGGUGACCUUUGACAUCGACGCCAAUGGCAUCCUGAACGUGACGGCCACCGACAAGAGCACGGGCAAGGCCAACAAGAUCACCAUCACUAACGACAAAGGCCGCCUGAGUAAGGAGGACAUUGAGCGCAUGGUGCAGGAGGCUGAGAAGUACAAAGCGGAGGACGAGGUGCAGCGCGAGAGGGUGUCUGCCAAGAAUGCCCUGGAGUCCUAUGCCUUCAACAUGAAGAGCGCAGUGGAGGAUGAGGGGCUCAAGGGCAAGAUCAGUGAGGCUGACAAGAAGAAGGUGCUGGACAAGUGCCAGGAGGUGAUCUCCUGGCUGGAUGCCAACACCCUGGCGGAGAAGGAUGAGUUUGAGCACAAGAGGAAGGAGCUGGAGCAGGUGUGUAACCCCAUCAUUACUGGACUGUACCAGGGUGCGGGUGGCCCUGGAUCUGGUGGCUUUGGAGCUCAGCCUCCCCGGGGCACCUCUGCCUCUGGCCCCACCAUUGAGGAGGUGGAUUAGGGCCAUUUGCCACUUUGCCUAUGUUCUUUGAAAUGAUUGGAGCUCAAGGACCUUGCAUUGCCCUAUGUUUGUUGUACUUUUAGCCUUGUAUUCUUUCUCUUCUUGUAGUCAAGCUGUAACCUGAUAACUGUUUUUGCUUUAAAAAUUUUUUUUUUGUUUGUGGUGGAACUAGUGUGUUUGUUGGAAUUGUCUGCAUUUUAUGUAAGUUGGUACUACAAGUUUGUUUUAAUCUGCAAGUGAAUCAACACUGCCACCCUCUGUCUGAUUUCUUGCUGUCCAAAGCAUGCCAAAGCGAGAGACUGUUUUAUUUUUAUAGUAUUGUUUAUGUAAAGUUGAGAAAUAAAAUAUCAAAGGUGUUACUUUUUCCGCUGUUUGUAUUUGGGAAAGGAUAAUGGGCCUUCAGUCCCUGGGUGGGGCCGGGUUGCUAACCAAAAGGUUGGAGAAUUGAGUUCACCCAGAGGUGUCUUGGGGACAGAGUCCUUGUAAUCUAUUUCUAAAAAAUCCAGCCAUUGAAAACCCUGUGGAGCACAGCUCUAAAGACACAUUGGAUUGCCAUAAAUCAGAGUAAACUCGAUGGCAUCCAGUUUAAUGGGCCUUCUCAGUAUGUUUGACUUCCCUGGACAGGGAAAGGGACGAUGCUUCUGAGGGAGGGUACAUAUACCAAAAGCCAUGGCUAUUUUUGUUGAGACUUCUUGUGGAAGGUAAAUGACAUCCUUCUUGGGGAGAAGGCAAAAAUUACAGAUAAACAUUUUUGAGAUGGGGCUUGUUUCUGGGAAAAAUAUGGAUGGGGCCCAAAAAAGGGUGCCAAGGAGGUGUGGGUUGACUGGGCAGAAAUGGGGAGGCAGUGUGGAGGGUGGUUCUUGGCUCCUUGCUCUCCUCCCUGCACUUAAUGUGUGUAGAGCCCUUAAGCUUAAUUUCUCCUCACCUGUGAGUCUUUUAGGCUUUUACCUAGCUUAUGAACUACAGAGUGGAUGAAACACCCUAGCUCUGUAAAUUCCAGCUGUUACCGAGUGCAAAUAAUUUAAACAACAACAACAAAAAUCCCAUUGCUGUCAAGUUGAUUCUGACUCAGUGACUCUAUAGGACAGAGUAGAACUGCCCCACAGGGUUUCCAGGGAGCACCUGGUGGAUUCAAACUGCUGACCUUUAGGUAAGCAGCUGUAGCCCUUAACCACUAUGCAACUAGGAUUUCCAAAGAAUUUAGUCUCCUUUUAAAAUCACUUCACCUGAAUGGGCUCACUGCCAAUGUUUUAAAAAUUAUUUGAGCAGAAAUACGAAAUAAAUUAUCUCCAGCUGUGGUCACAUGAGCUGCAAUUAUCCAAGUGAGAGUGUUGAGUGAGAAGCUGAAAGCUUGGACCCAUGGCAGUAAAGAAGAGGCACUAUGUCAGGUUCGUUGUGUCACCUCAGGAAUUUUCAUCCCACCACGCUCUAAAUUAGGUAUGCUAAAGCUUUUGCACAGGUUAGUAUGUGGAGGUGGUCACUUCAGCUGCAUUCAGGCUUAGUUCAGAGAGCAGCAGGGUUUUUUCCACACUGCUUGUGUACUGCUGCCAUUUAGUUGUAUCUGUCUGGUUAUAGGAAACCUUGGUGUAGUGGUUAAAAAUUUGGCUGCUAACCAAAAGGUUGGCAGUUGGAAUCCGCCAGGCAUUCCUUGGAAACUCUAUGGGGCAGUUCUUUUUUGUCCUGUAGGAUCACUAUGAGUUGGAAUCGACUCGACAUCAAUGGGUUUGGUUUUUUUUUGUUUUUGCUCCAAAUGAUGGUUUUACCUUAAGUUUAGCAAUUAGUAGCUUUUUUGCCCUUUAUGGAUGUUCUAAAAACAAAAGUAAUUUUAAAACAAUAGGGAAUUUAAUUAUGAGAAAAGAGAAAAGCUGCAUAGAACUAGGAAGAUAAAGGUUACAAGCUUUGUUCUCACACGACCAGCGUAGGGCAUUCUUCCUUCUUAGCAACUCCUCUAGCCUGAGAGAACCACAACUCCCUUCCUCCCAAAACCUGAGCCUGGAAAUACCCACCCCAGUGCCCUCAAGUUGAUUCCGACUCAUAACAACUCUAUAGGACAGAGUAGAACUGCCCAAUAGAGUUUCCAAGGAGCGCCAUCUGGAAGUAGAUACUCUAAAAUCAGUCAGAUUAAAGUCCACCACUGCACUUUUCACUAAAUCUUUGCCUUCUGAGAAAAUGAAAUAUUUUAAGAAUAAAGUACAGGAAGCCCUCCUUGAAAGCCUGUAAAAGGAAUAUACUGUAGUAAGAAUGGCUUUGGUUCCUUGGCUAGUUCUCAAAGGCCUAUUUUACUUGUAAGAAAGUUGAGCCUUCAAUACUGUAAUACUUUAGUCUCUGACCACAGCACAAUGUGCAGCGACAGUAAUUGGGACCUUGCUCCUUUUUUUUUUAACCUCCAGGCAGUAGAGGGAACAAAUCCUUUAGCCUCGAGUCCUUUGAACCACAGUUCUCCACCGAAGUGGCAUAUUGAAAUCAUCUGAGGAACCUAAAAAGAAGUAGGUACCUCACCAGGCCAGUUCAAAGUGGGCCUGGGCAUGUGCGUAUAUUUAAAGCUGCCCAGGUGUUUCCAGUGUGCAGUCGAAGGUGAGCACUGUUGUAUGAGAGGCUGUUCCUGAUUUUAUUUUCAGGAGGGGUAAUGGGAGAGAGGACAGGAGGGUGUCAUUACUUCCGGGGCAGAAGUUGGUGGUAAGGUACUUUCUGCAGGUGAGUGGGAGCUUGAAGACUUGGAAGGCCUUAAAGGUUUGACUGACUGGCAGGAGCUAUGAUAAGAGGUUAGGGAAAUCUCCAAUUACAACUUAAAGGGGACAAAGAGGAGAAUUUCUGAGGCUGAGCCCAUUAAGUUCGUGACUCCCUAGUUAGGGAAAUGGUUCAUUAGGAAGCAAUAUCAGAAUAGAGGUCAUUACCUACCUAUACAUAUCUGGGAACUUAAAAGCAAUCACUUUGCAACACCAGUCACAAGUGGAACUUGGCCCCUGGGGUCUGAAAAUAUGUCAGAUAAACAAGUGAAUACAGUUAGAUUCUUGGAAAAGAUUGUGAUGGAAGGCCGAAACUUUGGGGGAAAAGCAAUUGCAGGGGAGGAAGUAAAAGCAUAUUCCGUACUUGAGCUAUUCGUGCGGUCCCCCUCGCCAAGGAAGCAAGCUAUACCCUGCCUUAUUCUGUGGCCUAUUAUUUAUGUGUGCGCGUUACUUGCGAAAAUACGGUGUUUCCUGUACCCACAACGUUGUCCUUCCAAAUUUUACUCUUAUGCCUACUGCACCUAAGUUAUAUGACUGAAAAAGAAAAUUGAUUUUGCACGGUUUGUAGCCUCCAAAGCACCCUAUUAUAUGUGGCUUUCUCACAAAACACGAAAAAAAGAUGUCAACAUAUAUCACCAAACAUUAUCUGCAUUUGGAAACAAGAGAGGUAAGGAAGGGGCCAGGAAGGUGGGAUUUGGGAUAAUAUACAAAUUGGUGCCUUAAGGGCCAAGAGCAAAUUACUAAGAAAAGGCCUGGCAACAAUCCCACCCCAAUUCGGUUUGCUCACAAUCCCCCUGUGACAUUACGGUGCUGUUCAGAGUGUACUGAACACUUCCCCUCGCCUCUCGCCAACUCCCAGGCCACGCACUGCUCAUGAAAAGGACAUGAAGCUUAAUGUGCCUGACAGAUCUGCAGGCUCGAGUAGACACUUCUGGCUGGACGGAAUGACCGUCCUCCAGGGUGUCUAGACCCCAAGCUGGGACUGGUGAGGACGAGGGAGGAACCUAUGGGUCAUAACGGCCCCGAAGCUCCAUGUCACUCCCCCCGCCCCACCCCAGCCGUCCCAAACAGCCGAGACAACUUGGACAGCCCGGAAGCAGGUGGCAGAGCGCCAGGAGGGGGCGGCAGAGAGCCAGACCGCCCGCGCCUCCCGUGGCACCGGGGGCUGUCUCCCGCCUGGCCAGCCAGGUCACUUUUUUGUUUUUCAAAAUUCACAAAGCACCUCCGAAUAUUUGCUCAGGAGAGUAUGAAACAUAUUUCCAUGACCUCUCUUUCACUCUGUUUUAUUCCUGUUUGAACGAACGAUGGAGAAAAUGCCGCGAGUCGAGCCAGGCAUCUAAGAAGACAGCCAUGCCUCUCAGGCCCCCGACCCCGCGCCUCAUAAAUAGCCUUGGCCCGACCGUUCCGGUCUUUUCUUUGUGUGACAAGCUCUCUGGUCCUCGGACGUGGAAUCUUUUUCGUCCCUUCGGGGCCCGCCGCAGAGGCUGCCCAUGAGCGAGGGAAGGGCGGCUGGCCACGGCGCCACAUUGCCGCGUGCAGGCUCCUGAGUUCGCAGGCAGGUGUCCAGCGCCACGAGGGGGUUUUAAGACGUCCUCCGGGUUGUCAUCUUUGGAUGAAGUGUGAGCGCUGGAAGCUCAGCCAGGGGCAGUGUCCUCCCCAGAGUGUCUGCGUUAACUUGAUGACUGAAGGCCUAAGGAUUAGAAUCUACUGUCUCAGAGAAGUGCUGUCAAAUGGUUGGGAAGCCUAGUGUUGGUGGUUCCUGAUAACCUAGUUAUUGUCACAGGUUGUGAUAAAGAGAGAGCCAUGGGUCUUCUCCACGGCUGCAAUGGACUUUGCUGGCACAAAGAAUGUUCUCUCUCUGGUGUUGGACAGAUCCUAGGAACUUGGCAUCUCUUCUUUCCUGUGUUACCUGUAUGAGCAGCAGGCAACUUGUGAAAAAACAAUUUAGAAAUUUUGGUUCACUUAGUAACAAGUAGAUAGCUUUUACCUGUAUAUACUUUGUUUUGUGUAAGUGCUUGGUUUUUUUUAUAAAAUGAGUUCCAAUAAAAUAAAGCAAAUAAUGA